AUGGGUAGAAAGAAGCCAGCCGCACGCGAUGAUGAGGCCGUGGCUGUGGGUGGCGGAGGGAAGUCGAAGAAGAAGGGGUUGGUGAUUGAUGAUGAUGAGUAUUCGGUUGGUACUGAAUUGUCAGAGGAGACGCAAGUUCAAGAGGAGAAGGUUGCGAUUACUGGGAAGAAGGGUAAGAAGGGAAAUCAGAAGGGUUUUAAGGAAGAGGAAGGGGAUGACGAGGAGGAAGUGCCGGAGGUUGUGUUUGCUGGGAAAAAGAAGUCGAAAGGGAAGAAGAGUGGUGCUGGGGGGAAUACUGGUUUUUCUUCUUCGAAUUUUGGUUUAUUGGGUGAUGAGGAUGGUGGCGGCGGCGGUGGUGAUGGUGAUGAUGAUGAGAACUCGCAGUUGACUGGUGGGAAAGAUAGUGAGGAGGAGGAUGAGCCGGUGGUGAGUUUUAAAGGGAAGAAAAAGGGUAAGGGGAAUCAGAAGAGUGGUGGUGGUAGUUUGUUUAGUGUGUCGGCUUUUGAUGCUAUUGACGAUGGUGAGAAUGAUGGAGAGGUGGUGGAUAAAGAAGAGGAUGAUGAUGAUGAUGUGCCUGCUAUUGCAUUUACAGGGAAGAAAAAGAAGUCAUCUAAGGGUGAUAAGAAGGGUGCUGGGAGUGUGUUUUCAGCAGUGAGUUUUGAUGAGUUAGAAGAGAAUGAGGAUGAGGAUGAGGAUGUUGGUGCAAUUACUUUUUUCGGUAAGAAGAAGAAGUCGUCCAAAUCUAACAAAAAGAGUGGUGAUAGUAAGUUUAGUGUGGCAUUGGUUGACGAGGAGAAUGAAGAAGACGCUUCUGUGUCUGAAUCAUUGAAAGCUAGUGAUGAUGUGGUUGGCAUUGAGGAUGAAAAUGAGUCAGCGAUUGCAUUUACAGGUAAGAAGAAGAAGUCUUCUAAGAAGAAGGGGACUAGUAAUAGUGUUUUUGCUUCUUUGGGUGAUGAGGAUGAGGGAGAAGUUGCUGAGAUGGUUGUACCUGAAGCAUCUAAUAUUGUUGAAGUUAAUGAUACCAAGGUUACUACGAGCGAAGAGGUGGCAGAGACUUCAAAGAAUAAGAAGAAGAAGAAGAAUAAGAGUGGAAGGACUGCUCAAGAGGAGGAUGAUUUGGAUAAGAUUCUUGCGGAGCUUGGUGAUGUGCCACCUAAUUCGAAAUUCUCAGCAUCACCUCCACAAGAGGAGAAACCCAAUCUUCAGCCUGAAUCAGUUGUAGUGCCAGAUGCUGUGGUUGAGAAGGAGGGUGAAGAAGAAAAAGAAGAAUCUGCUGCUGCAAAGAAGAAGAAGAAGAAGAAAGGGAAGGAGAAAGAGAAGAAGGCAGCUGCUGCAGUGGCAAAGGAAGAAAAACUUGAAGAAGCAAAAGCUGAAACAAGUGAUCCAAAAAAGACCGAUGCAAAGAGUAAAGCUGCUGAGAAGAAGCUUCCGAAGCAUGUUAGAGAGAUGCAAGAGGCACUUGCUAGGCGAAAAGAAAUGGAGGAGAGAAAAGCGAGGGAGGAAGAGGAGAAGAGGAGGAAGGAAGAAGAGGAAAGGCUAAGGCAAGAAGAACUUGAGAGGCAAGCAGAAGAGGCUAGGCGUAGGAAGAAGGAAAGGGAAAAGGAGAAACUCUUGAAAAAGAAACAGGAAGGGAAGCUUCUAACAGGGAAGCAGAAGGAAGAACAACGGCGGCUAGAGGCUAUGAGGAAUCAAAUACUUGCGAAUGCAAAUGUUACCGCUCCUAAUGCAGACAGAGAUGGUGCACCUACAAGAAGACCCAAGUACCAGACUAAGAAGUCAAGAGCAGCUCACCAUCAAGCAAAUGGUAUCAGGAUAGAGGAACCUGUUGAAGUUAAAGAAAAAGAGCAAGAGGAGCAGGAAGAAGAGCAUGAGGUGGAAUCCGUAGAAUUAGAGAAGUUUGAGCCAGUGGAGGAAGAUAAAACAGAAGUUGCUAGUGUACCUGAGGAGAAUGGAAUGGAGGAAGAAGAGGACGAUGAGGAAUGGGAUGCAAAGAGCUGGGAUGAUGUAAAUCUUAAUGUUAAGGGUGCAUUUGAUGAUGAGGAGGAUUCUGAGCCUGAACCUGUCUUGAAGAAGCAAACAAAGAGUUCUGUUCCAGCUUCUCGCAGUGCAGCUGCUAAGCCUGAAAAACCUGUUACAUCACAGUCAAUGAACUCUCAAGAUGUUGAAAAUAGGAAAAGUCAGGCUGAGGUUGAAGUUUCCGACAAAAACAGGAAGAAAAAUAAAGGAGCAGUUUCAGAUGUCAUUGCUAAACAGGGUGAAGAGACCCUGCGCUCUCCAAUUUGCUGUAUUAUGGGCCAUGUUGAUACUGGUAAAACCAAGCUGUUGGAUUGUAUUCGAGGCACCAAUGUUCAGGAAGGGGAGGCUGGGGGUAUCACACAACAGAUUGGUGCAACAUACUUUCCUGCUGAGAACAUACGGGAGAGAACUAAGGAAUUGAAAGCUGAUGCAAAAUUAAAUGUUCCUGGUCUGUUGGUUAUUGAUACGCCUGGCCAUGAAUCUUUCACUAAUCUACGGUCACGCGGUUCAGGUUUAUGUGACAUUGCCAUUCUGGUUGUUGACAUUAUGCAUGGUUUGGAGCCGCAAACCAUAGAAUCGCUCAAUCUUUUGAGGAUGAGGAAUACAGAGUUCAUUGUUGCAUUAAAUAAGGUGGACAGGCUCUAUGCAUGGAAAACACAACGUAAUGCACCUAUUCGGAAGGCGUUGAAGCUGCAGUCAAAAGAUGUGCAAAAUGAAUUCGACAGGAGGCUCACAGAGGUCAUAACUCAGUUCAAGGAGCAAGGAUUAAAUACUGAAUUGUACUAUAAAAACAAGGACAUGGGAGAAACUUUUAAUAUAGUACCUACAAGUGCAAUUAGUGGAGAAGGCAUUCCUGAUUUAUUAUUGCUACUGAUCCAAUGGUCUCAGAAAACUAUGGUUGAGAAACUCACGUUCAGAAAUGAAUGUACGGUGUUGGAGGUUAAGGUUAUUGAAGGCCAUGGAACAACAAUUGAUGUUGUGUUGGUUAACGGUGUGCUCCAUGAAGGCGAUCAAAUUGUGGGUCCCAUUGUUACCACAAUUCGAGCUCUGCUGACACCCCACCCGAUGAAGGAACUCCGAGUUAAGGGGACAUAUCUGCACCAUAAGGAAAUCAAGGCUGCACAGGGUAUCAAGAUCACUGGACAGGGCCUUGAACAUGCUAUUGCUGGAACUGGUCUAUAUGUGGUCGGGCGUGACGAUGAUUUGGAAGAUGUCAAGGAAUCUGCAAUGGAAGACAUGAAGUCUGUCAUGAGUCGGAUCGAUAAAAGUGGCGAGGGAGUUUAUGUACAAGCAUCUACCCUCGGUUCAUUGGAAGCGUUGCUGGAGUUCUUGAAGUCCCCGGCAGUAAGCAUUCCUGUUAGUGGUAUAGGCAUCGGCCCAGUGCAUAAAAAGGAUGUCAUGAAGGCCAGUGUAAUGCUUGAGAAGAAAAAGGAGUAUGCCACCAUUUUGGCAUUUGAUGUUAAAGUGACACCUGAGGCUCGGGAACUUGCAGAUGAACUAGGGGUGAAGAUUUUCAUUGCUGAUAUCAUUUAUCACUUGUUUGAUCAAUUCAAGGCUUACAUUCAGAAUCUGAAGGAGGAAAAGAAGAGGGAAGCUGCUGAUGAAGCUGUUUUCCCAUGUGUUCUUGAGAUAAUACCAGAGUGCAUUUUCAACAAGAAAGAUCCAAUCAUCUUGGGGGUUGAUGUACUUGAGGGCAUACUCAAGGCAUACAUUGGUGAAUUACUGGUUUCAUUUGUGCAUGACAUGGGCAUAGCCAUGUACUUCGAACCAAGAAGGUUUCUGAAGUAUCUACAGAAUGCCAAGAUGAUGGCCUUUUUGGAUGUUGGGCAUGGAAUAAUUUCAGAGAUCAAAGCUGUUAGUAAGGUUGCAUUCAUGUGUGGAAAUACUCAAUACUUUGUUGUGUAUCUUUACAUAAAUGCAACAGACUCUAGAAUCGAUCCUUCAAGUGUGUGUAAAUUCUUUUUAAAAUUUGUGGGUUAUGAGCUCUUUAACUUUUUGGCUACUGUUACUCUGUUCACCUUCCUCUCACCUCAAAUUCUUGAUGUUUGUGCACUUACAUGGCCCAAGGUCGGGACUCCAAUUUGUGUUCCACAAAAAGAAUUUAUUGACAUUGGUCGGAUUGCUUCCAUUGAAUUUAACAAGAAAGCAGUGGAUUAUGCAAAGAAAGGCCAGAAGGUGGCCAUUAAGAUUGUGGGUGCCAAUGCGGAGGAGCAGCAAAAAAUGCACGGCAGACAUUUUGAUAAUGAUGAUCAACUAGUCAGCCACAUUACAAGGAGGUCAAUUGAUAUUCUUAAAGCUAAUUAUCGGUGA